GUGUGCAGCAGCCAUUCUUCGCGGACUUUUGCCGCCACGUCUUUUUUUCGUUCUGUGUUUUGUUGAUACCCUAGACUAGAGCUGCAGGACUGUAGACGGUGCGAGACUGCAGACGGGUGCAUUCGACGGCCGACGCUGAGUGUAUAACGCGUACGGCUGCAUACGACACCUACAGACGACGCCGACGUACGACGAUUACUACGCCUACAUACGCCUACACAUACAACAGUCUACGGCUUCGGCUCCACCAUCGCUUCGCCUCGCCUUCGGCACGCACACCGGCACGAUGAUGCGAGGAGCUGCGGCGCGGACGCUGCGCAGAGAUGCGUGGUGCGCGCGCUCACGGCUCGAUGGGCCCGCCUCACGGCUCUCGACCUCAACAUUGUCACGACUGUCGCCAUCAAUGCUGCCCGCCCAGCGGCGACACACGUCCAACAUGCCCAUCACACACGACUCUCGGCGCCCACGGCGGCCGUCGCUGUCCCAGCCCACCACGCGCUCGCUCGCCACCACCGCCGAGCUGCCGCGCCCGUCGACGCCCUUCGACGGCUUCCUGCAGUCGUGGGGCCCGAUUUCGCCCCCGCCCGACCUCUCGCGCCUCCGCAGCUGGGACACGUCGAGCCCGCUGGUGGUGCACGACCAGCUCACCCACAGCGCGCCCGCGAGCCGCGGCAUCGGCCAGGGCAUCGCCGGCGACCCCGUCGAGAUGCACCAGAACCUGUACGCCUGCCUGCGCGUCGGCCGCACCGACCGCGCCGCCCUCAUCCUGCGCCGCCUCUCCAUGCUGUACACACCGUCCGCCCCCGAGCUGACCGACGCCCACAACAUCUUCCUGCAGACGCUGUUCGAGCUGGCCCUGGACGAGCCCGGCCCCGUGGCCAUGAAGGGCGUCGAGGACUGGUUCCGCAAGAACAUGGUCGCCAAGUUCAUCGAGCUCAACGCCCAGACCUUUGUCAUCCUGCUGCGCGCCGCCAUCAACCUGCUCUCCGGCAAGAACCAGGAGCGCGCCGUGCAGCGCUACCUCGACAUGGCCAACGAGUGCGGCCCGGCCGUUCUCGAGCAGGUCAACAUCUCGCCCGAGCUGACCGACGAGGAGUGGAACAUUGUCAUCCGCAUGCAGCCCGACAACUUCGAGGAGCCGCCGGCCCUCGAGACCCUGCAGAACAUGCAGUUCAACACCACCGACGCCAUCAGGAACGCCGUCGAAAACGGACUGCCGCUGCCCGCCACGCCCAUCAAGCCCGUCCCGCAAAAGGGCCUCGGCCUGUCGACCCUGAAGCACGCGCUGUCCGUCUUUAACGAGGUCGACAGCGUGGCCUACCCCGACGACCUCGAAGGCACGCAGGAAGAGAAGGACCGCGCCUUUGCCUACGCCCGCCAGUUGCAGACCGAGAAGGACGGCACCGACGCCGCCAUACAGCGCUGGCGCGAGGAGGACGAGAAGCUCACUGAAAUGGGCAUCCACGGCGUCCUCAAGACCAAGAGCCUGCAGGCCCUCAUGUACAACUGGUACGCCGCGCUGGUGCCGCUGUUCAAGAACCAGAUCGCCCACGCCAAGCACAUCACCACCAACCCGACCAAGGAGAACGCGAGCGACGACGCCCACUCGUACGGCGCCUGGCUGGAGCAGUGCACCCCCGAGCGCCUGGCUGCCAACGCCAUCACCCGCCUGAUCCAAGCCUGCGUCGAGACCAAGUCCACCGAGGGCGACAACCUCAAGCUGUCCACCCUGUCCACCAGCAUUGGCAACGACAUCAUGGCCCACAUGAACUCGGACGCCCAGGCCCGACAGGACAAGUUUCUCAAGACCCAGCGCAAGCUGGCGCGCAAGGACCUCGUCGCACUGCUCAAGAAGCCAAACAGCGAAUCUGCAGAACCCGUCGCCGAGUCUGGCCCUGUCAAGCCCAUCGAGGUUCCGUUUGAAAAGACGGAGAUCCCACUCGCUGCUCGUGUCAGGAUUGGCGCACUGUGCCUCGAAUACGUCCUGAAAGCCGCGCGCAUCACCGUUACCGCCCAGGAUCCAAAGACCGGCAAGCAAUUGACGAGCACACAGGCUGCCUUCCACCACCAGAUGAGGUUGCACCAGGGCAAGAAGGUCGGGUGGAUCGUCCCGCACCACGAGGUCCUGGCAAAGCUCCGCAACGAACCCGUCCACAACAUCGUCAGCGUCAGACUCCCCAUGGUCGUCCCGCCGAAACCGUGGUCCGGCUUUGAAAGCGGAGGCUACUUCACAAUGCCGUCCAAGGUGGUGCGCCAGAAGGCUGGCGACGUCUCCCAGCGCGCCUACGCCUCAACUGCCAUCGAGAAUGGCGACAUGCAGCAGGUCCUCGCUGGGCUUGACGUGCUGGGCAAAGUGCCCUGGCAGAUCAACAAGCCCAUCUUCGACGUCAUGGCCGAAGUGUGGAACUCUGGAGAAGGCCUUGCAGGCCUCGUGCCGGAGAAGAUUCCAUUAGAACGCCCAGCAGACCCGCCUGCCGACGCGACAUACCAAGAGCGGGCCCGCUGGAGCAAGAAGCUACAGGAGUACGAAAACACAAAGAGCGGAUACCAUUCGCAGCGCUGUUUCCAGAACUUCCAGCUCGAGGUUGCGAGCUCCAUGGCUAACGAAAAGGCACUCUACUUCCCGCACAGCGUCGACUUCCGCGGCCGCGCCUACCCCAUCCCUCCCAUACUCAACCACAUCGGGUCGGACGUUGCGAGAGGUCUGCUCAAAUUUGCAAACGGCAAGGAGCUUGGCUCGAUUGGGCUGCAGUGGCUGAAGGUGCAUCUUGCCAAUCUUGCUGGUUUCGACAAGGCCAGUCUGCGCGAGCGCGAGCAGUUCGCCAUGGACAACAUGAACGAGAUUGUCGACUCCGCCACGAAUCCGCUGGGCGGGAGACGCUGGUGGACCAAGGCUGAGGACCCGUGGCAGUGUCUCGCCUGCUGCAUGGAGCUCAAGAACGCCUUUGACCUGCCCGAUCCGACCCGCUUCGUCUCGCAGUUCCCCGUGCACCAGGACGGUACGUGCAACGGUCUCCAGCACUACGCCGCGCUGGGUGGUGACCAGGCAGGCGCGCGCCAGGUCAACCUCGAGCCCUCCGACCGGCCGCAGGACAUCUACACUGGUGUUGCAGAGCUUGUCAAGGAGAUGGUUGCGGCGGACCUCGAGAAAGGCCAUGCUCUUGCCAAGUUCGUCGAUGGCCACAUCAGCAGAAAGGUCGUCAAGCGAACGGUCAUGACCAACGUCUAUGGUGUCACCUUCAUGGGCGCCAAAGCACAGGUUCUCGACGAGCUCAAGGUCAUCUUCCCCGACUUCAAAGAGACAAAGGAGGUUCGAUCGUUGCAGGGCGUUGCCAUGUACGUGGCUUACAAGAUCUUCGAGGCCCUGGGCAAGAUCUUCAACGGCGCCCAGGAGAUCCAGUACUGGCUUGGCGAGUGCGGAGAUCGCAUCACCACCUCCAUCACCGCGGAUCAGAUCAAGUCCAUCCGAGCCAACUACGAGGGCCAGAAACCACACAUGGAUGCGCGCUACAGAACGGACAGGCUGUCCCAGACCGGCGUGAAGCAGUUGCUGAAGAUUGCCGAAAACUUCAAGACUGGCAUCAUCUGGACCACGCCGCUCAAGAUGCCUAUUGUGCAGCCCUACGUCAAGGACUCGCAGCAGAUGGUCGCGACGUCUCUCCAGAAUAUUGUCAUCCAGCGCCGUGCUGCUGGCGAUGUUGUGGACAAGCGAAAGCAGCUGCAAGCGUUCCCCCCCAACUUCAUCCACUCCCUCGACGCGUCGCACAUGCUGCUCUCUGCGCUCAAGUGCAACGAGAUGGGGCUCGACUUUGCCGCGGUCCACGACAGCUUCUGGACGCACGCCUGCGACAUCCCCAACCUCAACACCAUCCUGCGCGAUGCCUUCGUCCGCAUGCACUCGGAGGACAUCACGGGCCGGCUUGCAGCUGAGUUUACUGCCCGCUACGCCGAUGGCAUGUACCGCGCCAACAUUCACGCCGCGACUGAGGUUGGCCAGAGGAUUCUCAAGUGGCGGGCAGAGAACAGGUCUACUAAGUCUACUAGAUCCGCGGCAGGUAUCGGCUUCAAGCACGCUAUGGCGUCGUUCGACGAGGUCGCGCUGGAAGCCAAGCGACUGGAGCUGCUUGCGAGCGAAGAUCCCGAGGAGCGCGCAAAGGGCGAGGCCAUGGAGACACCCACCAGCAUCUGGCUCGAGUACAAGGACCCUUCGACUAUCGCCUCGCACCGCCUCUCGCUCAUCGGCGACACAAAAGCCGCCCCUACGAAAGCGUCAUCCACCACCCCCGAAACACCCCCAACCUCCAAGGCCGACGCCAUCAUGAAAGCCAGCAAGGCCGCCGAGAAAGCCGCGCUCAACGGCGAGCCCCUCGACGAAGCCGCCGCAACCCAAGACCUGCUCGCCGAGGACCCAACCCCCCAGGAGCCCGCGUCCGAUGCCCCCGCGUCCGACGCCCCCGCAUCCGACGCGACCCCCGAAAUCACGCCCCCGGACCGCCGCGGCAUGUACCUCAGCGAAAUGCACACCUACCAAGUCUGGCUCCCCUUAACCUUCCCGCCCGUCCCCAAAAAGGGCACCUGGGACGUCUCCCGCCUGCGCGAGUCCAAGUACUUCUUCUCCUGACUCUCGGAAUCGCUGCACGGGCCCGCGGACCGCGAGUUCUACCGCCCCCAGCCCUGGAGCUCGAGUAUCCAGGCUACCCCGCUGAUUCGUCGCGCCUCGGUCCGCGAUGGACGGUUCGGGCUCCUCCUCUGGGGCGGCGAGAGGGAUGAGAAGUGGUGGCGGUUGGCCGGGUGGAGAGCGGAUCGCGAGGGGAGUAGUACGUUGGAAGGGAGGAGGAGGAGGGAGGGCGAGACGAAGGGGAGGAAGGGG